AUGAACGGCCUCUUCCUAGUCUUCACCAUUCUUACAGUGACUGUAACAACCAUAACAGCAACUCCAGCACCAGCAAAAGCAGAAUCAGCCUGGCAAACCAAUCAGGUGAAGAAAGAAAUGAAUGCACCACCCUUUUUGAUUUUCCUGAACUUGGAAUAUGAGCCUUGCUUGGGGACUCUGAUCCACAAGCAAUGGAUUCUCACUGCAGCUCGCUGCUUCUUACCAUUACUUCACCUCAAGAUCGCUGCUUCAGAAGAGAAGCAUUUCCAAGACAAGAUAGGGAAAUUAGAACCCAUGCUUACCUUCCAACAUCCAAAUUUCACCCCAAGUUUUCCUGAGCAUGACCUCAUGCUCAUCAAGCUGAAGAAACCCAUAAAUCUCAAUGAUGAGGUGAAGCUGGCAGCUCUGCCCACUAGCACAGAUGACAGGAUAGGAGACAUGUGUACUGUGUCUGGCUGGAGGUGGACAUGGAUGAAUUCCAUUAUAGUUCAUGAUAUCCAGAAAAACCAAAAUGUUGUUUGGUUCUCUGAUGAUGAUUGCCAGGUGUUCCUUGGAAGACAAGUCUAUGCUAAAAUCCCAGAGAACAUGUUCUGUGCAGGAUCAUCUCUGGAGAGCGCCCUCGUAUGUCAGGAAAUAACUGCUGCCCCAAUUCUGUGCCAAAAUCAGCUCCUAGGGAUCCUAUCAUGGUCAGAUGGGUGUGUUCUGAGCGGUAACAUGGGCUACUACACCAAGGUUUCACGUUACAUAGACUGGAUCCUCCAAGUCAUCCACACCAAGUGA